AUGAUCGCGUACUACUCUCCUUCUGACAAGAUUUUCCUUGCGAUAGUGUGGGGUUUAUCGACAUGGGGUUUCAUGAUGAAUUUGUUCCUGCUUUUUAUAAUUGUCUUCAAAAGUCCGGCAAAUCUCUCGCCUUAUCGUAUAUUUCUUGCUAACACCGCUAUUACACAGAUGUUUGCCGACGUUGUUUAUAUAUCAAUUUCACCGAGGGUUCUCGGUGAAGGACUCAGUAUUAUAGUCAUAUAUCUUGGACCAAGUCAAUUCCUCGGAAAGGAUGUGUGUCGUAUGCUCUACACAGCAAUGUGUGAGUUUUCGGAUGAACUCAGAUUACGAGUUAUUCGAUCCAACCUUUAA